AUGGAACCUUUUCAAGAUCCUAUUGCUAUUGAAGAUUAUAGAAGGAAGUUAGGCUUUCAGAAUUGCAAGGUGAAUAGUUCAGGAAAAAUCUGGAUUUUUUGGACAGAUGAAUGGCUAGGUGUAGUUGUAUCUGAAUCAGAACAGCAGGUGACCUUGCAACUAACUCACUCAUCCUUGAAUCAAACAGUGCUGGUGUCAGUAGUCUAUGCUAAAUGUGAUAGACAGGAGAGGGAGGAUUUGUGGGAAGAUAUAGUAGCUUUGGCAAAUAAGCAGGACUUUCCUUGGAUAAUAGGAGGGGAUUUUAAUGUCAUAGUGUUUGAUGAGGAAAAGCAAGGUGGCCUUCCAGUCUCAUCCAAUGAGACCUUGGAUUUUUCUACCUGUAUACAAAGUUGUGGUUUGAUUGAUGUAGGAUUCAAUGGAAGUAAAUUCACUUGGUGGAAUGGGAGGACUGAAGAAGAUUGCAUAUUUAAAAGGUUAGAUAGAAUGCUGCAUCAUACAUUUAUGGAGGUGGUAAAGGAGAAUUGGACUGCUGAUUUCUGUGGAAAUCCAUUCUAUGUAUUUCAUCACAAGCUGAAGAAACUUAAAAAAGCACUGGUUCAAUGGAGCAGAAACACAUAUGGGAAUAUAUUUUAG